AUGUCCGAGGCCCAGCCGACGAGUAACAUCACCUACGAGGCGACGCUGAACGCGGCGGCGAGCGCGUCGCGGUUCCCGGCCGGCGCUUUCCUCGACUACGCGGGGCUCAAGAAGAUCCUGGAAGCGCUCGCGGAGAUGUACGCGACGGGCGACCGGGCGGCCGAGGGCCUCGCGUACGCGUCGCUCGCCACGACGGGCCGCGACGCCGCCGCGGCCGUCAAACGGGCCCCGAGCUCCUUCCAGGUGUCCUCCCACGAAGCCUUCCUAGAAAAGCUCGACGGCGAGCUGGCCAAGUGCGACGACUUCGCCCACCGCGAAGUCGUGAAGGUCAAGCGCGAACUCGCGGAGCUCGAGUCCGGGGGCUCGCGACCGCGGUCCGGCUCCCUGGACGGCGACCCCGAGGAGGUGGAGGGGUGGAGGGUCGACGCCGUCGGCCAGCACUUCCUCGAGGUGGAGAAGUACGUCAACGUCAACGUGACCGCGGUCCGCAAGAUGCUCCGGAAGCACGACGCCGUGCUCCCGCAGCGGCCGAUCGCCGCCUUCUACACCGCGCGCAUGCACGACAUGCGCUGGGUGCAGACGGAUUAUUCGUCCGUGCUCGUGCGCCUCUCGCGCCUCUACGAAAGCAAGACGCAGGCGGCACCGCCCGCGACGGACUGGGGCGGCGUGACGGCCUUCGUCCGCGCCACUACCAAGUACUGGGUUCGGAGCGAGGACCUGUCGGCCGCUGUGUGGAAAUCAACCAAUGAGUUACUAUCAGAGUUAGGUUCCGACGGGGACAACAUCGCGUCGAUGGCGUGGGCGCCCGAAAUUUGAUUUCCACGCAGGUCGGCCGUCAAGCUCGAGAUCGGCAAGCACCUCCCCGUGCUCCUCUGCGGCGGCAAGGGCGAGGGCAUCAUGCCGGACUCGCAGCUCGUGAACUCCGUCUACCUCGACUCGCCGGCGCUCGAGCUGUACCACGGGCGGCUCAACAAGACGCCGGGCGCCGUGGCGUUACGGCUCCGGUGGUACGGCACGGGCGAGCCGACGCUGGUGUUCGUCGAGCGCAAGACGCACCGCGACUCUUGGACUGGCGACGGCUCCGUCAAGGAGCGCUUCGUCGUGACGCCCGACGAGGUCCUGCCCCUGCUCCGGGGCGAGUUCGACCCGCGGGCGCCGCGCAAGAAGCCCUACGCGCCGCACGAGCUGGCCCUCUGCGACGAAGUCCAGGGCCUGAUCGCGCGCAAGCACCUCGUCCCCACGAUCCGGAGCCAGUGCCACCGCGUCGCCUACCAGCUCGCGCACUCCAACAGCGUGCGCUGUUCCAUCGACACGAACCUGACGCUGGUGAACGAGAUCCAGAAGGCCGAGUUCGACCCCCUCGACGACCACACGCGCAAGGAGCCGACGCUCCUGCGCUGGUACAGGGACGCCACGAAAGGCAUCCCCGCGCACGAGAUCACCCGCUUCCCCUUCGCGGUGCUCGAGCUCAAGCUCGCGCUCGCGGAGGGCGAGGACCAGCCGGAGUGGACCAAGCCGCUCGUCGACUCCCUGGAACUGGCACCGGUCAACAAGUUUUCGAAGUUCAUACACGCGUGCGCCACGCUCCUGCCGGACGAGGUCCAGGCCAUGCCCUACUGGAUCGACGACCCGGCCCUGCGCGACUCGAUCAAGGCGACGAACUCGACGCUGCUCAAGGCCGAGGACCAGGUCGGCUACACACAGACAGAGGCAGGACGCAUCGAGGCGUGGACGAACCCGUCGCAGCAGUGGGCGCGGCCCGACCUCCUCGGCCCGACGCGCCAGGUGCCACAGAGAGAAACGUGCUUCGGCCGCGACACGGACGUGCGGGGCGGCAUGCAGAAGCCCCUCGUGCGCCAGAAGCUGGAACCGAAGCUCAUCUUCGCGACGGAGAGGACGUUCGUCCACUGGCUUCACGCUUCGGUCGUGUUCCUCACCUUCGGCGCCGGCGCCAUGGCCGUCGCCGACGGCGCGGCAGGCACGGCGGCCGAGCGCUCGCGGGCUUGGGUUGUCGCAGUCGCAUUAUCCGUGGGCUCCAUCGCGAUCAACAUAUUCGCGCUCUACAACUACAAGUGGCGCCUCGGCCGCAUCCGGUCGCGGGAGCCCGUCGAAUGGGGCGACCCGCGCGGGCCGGCCGUGCUCGGCUCCAUACUCAUCGCACUCCUGUCGCUGAGCCUUGUCCUCAACACUAGGCGCCUCAUGGCGGGGGAGAUCUAG